GUCUGGGGGCGGUUCCUGAUCUCCCAUAUUAGUGCCCGCUAACUUUGAAAAGGAGGACUUGAGUCCCGCAGAGGUUGAGACCUAAGAGGUAGAGAAGGAAGAAAGGAGAGAAAACGCAACUGAGGCUGAAGGAGAACGAACUCAUGUGGACCUCCUGAACAGUUAGGAGGAGGACUGGACCUCUGAGAGCCGAGGCAGGACCUCGGAGGAGGUGUGGGCAAGGAGCAACGGAAGCGGUGCGGGCCGUGGGGCUGGGUCUGCUUGCACCUCGGGUCACGCCUCCUUGGCGAGAAGGCGCCUCGCCUUUGAUUGCUUCCAGUUACUGCAGAACUUCCUGCCCUGGCGGAGAAGCGGGUCUUGCUUGGGUCGCGCUUCCUCCGGGUCUGAGCCUUGAGACUGAGUUCACACGGUGCUGGGCCCCCAGAGCCAAGUGGGGUUGGGGGAACAGAGUCUGCGAGUCCCGGCGCCCCGAGUGCAGGGCCCCGUGUCGGGGUCCUCCUUCCCAUUUGUAUCCGCAUCCUUGCGGGCAUUGCGCCUCCCCGGGGGACCCCUCGCCGGGAGAUGGCCGCAUUGAUGCGGGGCAAGGACUCCUCCCGCUGCCUGCUCCUACUGGCCGCGGUGCUGAUGGUGGAGAGCUCACAGUUCAGCAGCUCGCGGGCCAAACUCAACUCCAUCAAGUCCUCUCUGGGCGGGGAGACGCCAGCCCAGGCCGCCAAUCGAUCUGCGGGCACUUACCAAGGACUGGCUUUCGGCGGCAGUAAGAAGGGCAAAAACCUGGGGCAGGUAGGAAAAUACCCCCAAUACACUCGUCAACCAGAAGAGGCCUACCCUUGUAGCAGUGAUAAGGAAUGUGAAGUUGGGAGAUACUGCCACAGUCCUCACCAAGGAUCGUCAGCCUGCAUGGUGUGUCGAAGGAAAAAGAAGCGCUGCCAUAGAGAUGGCAUGUGUUGUCCUGGUACCCGCUGCAAUAAUGGCAUCUGCAUCCCCGUCACCGAGAGCAUCUUAACCCCUCAUAUCCCAGCUCUGGACAGCACUCGGCACAGAGAUCGGAACCACGGCCAUCACUCAAACCACGACCUGGGAUGGCAGAACCUAGGAAGACCUCACACUAAGGUGUCGCAUAUAAAAGGACAUGAAGGAGAUCCCUGUCUACGAUCAUUAGACUGCAUUGAAGGGUUUUGCUGUGCUCGCCACUUCUGGACCAAAAUCUGCAAACCAGUGCUCCAUCAGGGGGAAGUCUGUACCAAGCAGCGCAAGAAGGGCUCACAUGGGCUGGAAAUCUUCCAGCGGUGUGACUGCGCAAAAGGCCUAUCUUGUAAAGUAUGGAAAGAUGCCACCUACUCCUCCAAAGCCAGACUCCACGUCUGUCAGAAGAUAUGACCACCUCUGAAGAGAAGCAUCAGGAGCAGACUGUGAAUCCAUGUAUUUAAUGCAUUAUAGCAUGGUGGAGAGUGGGAUUUGGAUUUCAGAAGAAGGGGUAAAAUGAGGAAUAUGAUAAGAACAUAGAUCAAAGAAAGAGAAAGAAAAAGAAAAUGGAAGAUCAGAAAGGGUGACCAGUGUGAUCAGUGUGUUUUCCAUCAUGCAACUUGUUUAUAUAAAUAAUGUACACAUUUGUGAAGAUGCCAUGACUCACAAAAAAAAAAAAAAAGGCACACAGAGAGAUUACUGAUGUUACCAUGUGACUUGCCAGGAGCUUAGGUUGUGCUGGAGGAUCAAUUUCUCUCACAGUGGUGACUGCCUAUAAAAAAUAACUGAAAAGCCUUAUUUCUAUUUAAACAAAGUAGUCCCCAUAUACCCUGGUAUACAACAGGCUUUAAAACGUGAAAAGAGGAAUUGUUUAAUGGGAAAUAAAAGCAUGGAGCACAGAGAAUCUGCACCAUAGAAUCACCUUUUAAUUUGGAACACUACUUCUUACUGCUCAAUUAAAGACCUUGGUAGGAAAAAAGCAGUCAAUAUUUUCCACAUAAUUUCAAAACAAUCACAGGUCUUUAAGUCUUUCAGGAAAAAAAAACCUUGUUUUUUCCUUAAGCUGCUUGUUUCUAUUUUUGAAAAGUUUAAUUUCAGCUACAAUUAAUAAGAACCAGCAGAAUAAGACCAAAAUAAUCCAUUCAGAUUUCUAGAGGAUAUAAAUUGCAUCUCUUGAUUGUGCAUUAUUCCUACUCAUCUUAUUCUCCAAAUUAUACUCACUGUGAAUAACACAGAGCAGAAUUUGCAGGUUGUAAAAAUUUUAAGAUGCCCAAAGUAAAAGUUACUAGAGCAUAUUAUUCAAAGCUUUGGCAUUCCCUAUGUUAGAUAGAACUAGACAUUUACUCUUCACAUACUCUGCAGUAUAGUAAAAAUGAUAAAAGAAACAAGAUAUAUCUGUUCUGCACUGAAGCACAGAAAGGGAAUGGGGAAAACCUUGUCAACUCUCCAGGUUUUGGCAACAAGUGGAUCAUGUGUUUGAAGCACAAGCUGAGUUUCCAUAUGUGAAGCCCGAGGCUGCAUAACCCACAUGGAAGGUGUCCAUGGGAUUUGCUAUCACAGUAUUCACUAUGCAGAUGAGUUCAGUGUGAGGUAACUACUUGACCUUAAAAUAUUUCUUUUAAAUUUCUGAGGUCAUAAAAUCAUCUUAUUUUGAGGAGGCCUCAUUAAAUGGACUCCAAGGCAGUUAGGAUAGUAAGGUUCCAUUGCUCUUGGUAAGCUGCUUUCUAACUGGCUGAUGGCACCAUCUGACUUUUUUCAGUAUCAACUCUUUCUGCAACAGCUGUUUUUUUUUUUUGUUUGUUUGUUUUUUUGCCAAAGAUACAAUUUCUGUCUUCUACAGUCACUGAGAUUAAAAAUUAUAAAUGGAAUAACUUGUCAAAUCUACAUUUUGCUAAUCUGUAGAUACCACAGGUUCUAAAUUUUUACAUCCAUUUUAUUACUUUUUACUUUAUUCAGUUCUAUUCAGUUCUAAUAUUAUGUCUAGAGAUUAAAGCCAAAAAGUUAUCUUAUAUUUUUUACUUUGGAAUUUUUCUUUUAUAGACUAUAAAUCACUCCAUAGUUUUCAUUUACUUAAACCUCAUUUGCAGUCUCAAAUUCAAGUUUUCCGAGUAGAAACUGAGCCUGAGCCUGCAUGUCUUUUAAGAAUUUCACCUGCCCACAUACGUUCACUAGUAUGAUUAAGAUUUGCAUUUUUUCCCCACAUGUCUGUUAAAACAAAAAGUAAGAACCAAAGUCUGUACAAACAGGUUUCUAUAAGCUUAGCAACGUGAAAAUGGAACCUUUCAGGGAAACAUUUCCUAUACAAAAAUUACAUUUAAAAUCUGGUUUCUGCAUUACUUCCCUUAUGUACAUCCCUUCAAAAAUUAUUAUUUGAACUAAUUUAUUUACAGGAAAUGUUAAUGAGAUGUAUUUUCUUAUAGAGAUAUUUCUUACAGAAAGCUUUGUAGCAGAAUAUAUUUGCAGCUAUUGACAUUGUAAUUUAGGGGAAAUGUAUAAUAAGAUAAAAUAUAUUAAAAAUUUUGCCUUCAAAAAUG